GAUCCAGUGGGAGGCGCUAAAACACAUACGUUUGUUUGAAAAACGCCAUUAAACCUCAGAGGAAGAAGUUUAGUUUCACCGCGCUCUCUGUAGUUUUGUCGUGAUGCUGUCUCAAUACAAACGGUUAUAAAUGUUGUUUCUGUAAGUAGAGAAAUACAGUUUUUGAAUCAGGUCAAUAAAUACCUGUAAUAUUCUCAUCCUCACAGUCGUUAAGUUAAGUUUUGAAUUAAGCAGGAAUAUCUGGAGGAGUAUCAUCUGAACUGAGAUCUGCUGCUGUGAAGAUGGAGUUUGUUAAAGAGGAGAGUGAAGAGAACACGAGUGAACCAGAAACAUGGAGAAUAAAACACGAGGAACCAGAAACCUGCAGAAUAAAACACGAGAAACCAGAAACCUGCAGAAUAAAACACGAAAAACCAGAAACCUGGAGAAUAAAACACGAGGAACCAGAAACCUGCAGAAUAAAACACGAGAAACCAGAAACCGGGAGAAUAAAACGCGAGGAACCAGAAACCCGGAGAAUAAAACUCGAGGAACCAGAAACCUGCAGAAUAAAACACGAGGAACCAGAAACCCGGAGAAUAAAACACGAGGAACAAGGAGGCCUGAUGAAAAUGAAAGAAGAAAGACAAGAUCGGAAUGAGGUGGAGGAGAAAUAUCAGGAUCAGAAAGAUCAUGAUGUCAGUGGAGAAAAAUCAGCGAGUUGCAGCAUUAAAAAAACAGAAGUCCAAAAGCCUUUCAGCUGCUCUCAGUGUGGAAACAGUUUUACACAUAAAGCAAGCCUUAAGAAGCACAUGGUAAUUCAUGCUGGAAUAAAGCCUUUCUCCUGCUCUCAGUGUGGAAAGAGUUUUACCAAGAGAGCAAGCAUUAAGAAUCACAUGUUAAUUCAUGCUGGGAUAAAGCCUUUCAGCUGCUCUGAGUGGGAAAGAGUUUUACACAGAAAGGACAACUUAAGAUUCAUUUGGUAACUCACACUUCAGAAAAGCCUUUCAGCUGCUCUCAGUGUGAAAAGUGUUUUACACAGAAAGCAAGCUUAAAGAAUCACAUGUUAAUUCAUUCUGGGAUAAAGCCUUUCAGCUGCUCUCAGUGUGGAAAGAGUUUUACACAGAAAGGACAACUUAAGAUUCAUUUGGUAACUCACACUU